CAACUCAAAAUCGCAGGAGUUUUCCUUAUUUUUGUUUCUUUAACAAAAGCCCGAAACAGGAAACACAAUUAGCAAAUUCAUCAUCUUUUUCUUUCUCCUUGAAAUCUUUAGGGUUUUGAUUCCUGGAUCGAUCGGUCAUCUCAAGACCGACGACCUUCCAAGCUAUGUUCAAGUUCUGGGGUUCACAGGAGCAACAAGCUCAGCCACGUCCACAAGAGGGUUCAUCACAUUCUUGGUAUCCUUCUUCUGUUUUUAGCUCCCCGAGUUCUACUCAGCCCCCAUCACCAAGCAGCAGUGGUUCUAACAGUGUCAAUUAUCAGAGGCCUACAGAUAGGCCACAGUCUCCAUCUCAUGUUUCACCUGCUGAAGCAGCUGGCAUCAUUGCUCUCUUGAAGGACAAAAGUGUUGAUGAGUUACGGAAGCUCCUGUCUGACAAGGAUGCAUAUAAUCAAUUUUUACUCUCAGUUGACCAGGUUAAAACUCAAAACAGUAUACGAGAUGAACUUCGCAAAGAGACUUUGCAGCUUGCUAGAUCAAAUUUGGAAAAGGAACCACAAAUCAUGGAACUUAGAAACCAGUGCAUGAUCAUCCGGACAACAGAGUUGGCUGCUGCUCAAGAAAAAUUAAGUGAGCUAGAAAAGCAGAAAGAAGACAUAAUGAAGUUCUACUCCCCUGCAUCAAUUCUUUAUAGGCUUCACGAGGCAAUGAACAAGACAGAGGAAGAAUCAGAAGCAUUGCAUAGACAGCUACUUGAUAGGGAGAUAGAUCUUGGAACAUUUGUGCACAAGUACAAGAAACUCCGCAAUACUUACCACCGGCGAGCACUAAUUCAUCUUGCGGCUAAAGCUUCUUCAAUUGGAUGAAAUUUGGAUUGACUUCUUGAAACUCUCAUGGUGUAUCUAGGAGUUUCUUUGGCAUACAACUCGUGGGUUGGAUGAUACUAAUUUACUUUUCAUUUCUUCCUCUUCUCACUUUUUGUUGUUAAUGUCUGAUUUCCCCAGUGGCCCUGUCUUGUUCUCAAAUCUCAACUAGCGGGCAUAGCUGUACAAAAACAACUUGCCAAUUUCUGUUUCAUUAUAAAACUCAUACAUGAUUCAGGGUCCUACAGGCCUGUUGCGAAUUUAUAAAUUUUAUGGUGACAG